AGUGGGAUUUCCCACUGGGAAAGUGAGAGAGUCUUCACCACCCCCGAGUUCACAUUCCAAGAUGGCUGCCCCGGUUGUAAACAGUAGAAGAGAGCUCUGUAAAAAUUCGUAGCACUUCAUUCUAGUUUUGGUCACACUAAAUCAGUCGUAUACAAGUAUUGUUCGGCAUAUAUAUGCUGCUAUAGUGUAAUUUACAUUUUUCAUGUGGUAUAUGCGAACUACAAACUUGUUUUCCUACUUUGUAACUGGAACGCUGAUAACUCGGCUGUGACGCCAUUCCCAAUUCACCAAUCACAAAACACGGUGAGAUAUUUGUCCAAUCACGCCUCACCAGGGCAGCACUACUUCCUGGUAGAGGACGCAUGUUGGUUUUCUGAAAUUUGCACGUUUUCUUCUCGUUUCAAAAGUCAUGGGGAAGGACAAGUUUGGGAACCCAUCAAAUCCUCCAAAAAAGAAGGAGUUGAGUUUAAGUGAUAGUCAAGUUUCCGUGAAAGAAAUGGAGACUAAAGUAAAAAAAAAAAGAACCCAUGUGGAAGUAGAGAUGGCCCCAGAGCAGAUUCCAUUGGUAACAAACAAUGAUGUUAAAAAAAUGAAAAAGGACAAGAAGCACAAAAAGAAACGGUUAAAAGAAGAAACACAGACGAAGCAAACCGAGAUUCCAGAUGAAUCCAGCUGUCCUGAGACAACACUUGAGCUCAAUGCAGAGAAGGACUUGAGCCCAGAAGAGAAGCGAGUCCUGGAGAGAAAGAUGAAGAAGAUUCUGAAAAAGGAGGAGAAGAAGAGACUCAAAGAUGCACAGAACACUGAGAAAACAGAAGCGGCAGGUCCCACUGCAUCUCAGCAGGCUUUGGAUUACCUCGUGUGCUGGGCUGAUAACCGCUCAGAGUGGAGGUUCCAGAAGACCAGGCAGACGUGGUUACUGCAACACAUGUUCCAGUCUGACGAGAUUCAAGAUGACAAGUUCCUGGUGUUGAUGCAGUAUCUGGAGGGGCUCCGUGGAAUGGCAAAGGACACAACCGUGCAGAAGGCCUUAUCUCUGGUGGAAGAAUCAGGAAAAGCCCCAGAAGACGCAGUCGUCCAGCAGAGGGCGCACAGAGCCAGAGAAGUCAUCCAGCUGUUCUCCUGACCUGUGACAACUGUGGAUCCAAUAAAUGAGUCAGGAAAAGACUGCUUAUCAGAGGACUCGCUGAAAGGAGUGAUCUCAGGCUUGGACUUAAGCUAGUGUUUUGAGUGACGGACGUUUUGGUGGUUUAUCUAUACAUUUUUGUUUUAAAUUGUAUUGAUUCAAUGUUUUAAUUAAAUGGUUACUCUUC